UAGGCUCGGGCGCGUUUUUGCAACGCGGGACGGCGCUCCUGUGGGCGCACACUCAGUGGACCGUUGAGAGGAACGUCUGCUCUCCAGUGAAGAAACGGUACUAAAUAUCGUUGUGAGGACACGACGCGAUUAACGGAUCUGGCACCCAUUUCUAUCUUCUCUUUGGAAAUGAAGGACAUAUUUACCCCAGAUUGAAAAGUAACCUUAUUUAUUCACUUUUUGGAAACUAAACUUUUCCAGACUUGCUCGCUCGACCGCAGUUUGUUUUUGUUUUGUUUUUUUGCUUGUAAUGGCUGAAAACAAGCACCCGCAAGUCAUUUUCUGCAACGACUCUCCCAAAAGGGUCCUUGUGUCCGUCAUCAAGACCACCCCGAUUAAACCCAGGAAAGCCGAGGCUCUGACGCCCACUAGCCCCGGCUUCAGCGACUUCAUGGUUUACCCGUGGAAAUGGGGGGAAAACGCCCACAAUGUGACUCUGAGCCCCGGAUCGGUGAGCGAGGCUUCAUCCCCGACUGGGACCCAGACAGCCCGAGAGGAGGACAAUGUUCCGUCACCUGAUCACAACAAGGAUGGUACACGCAGAGGUCGCCCAAGGGCCGACACAGUCCGGGAGCUGAUCAGCGAAGGAGAGACUUCAUCCAGUCGCAUCCGCUGUAACAUCUGCAACCGAGUGUUUCCCAGAGAGAAGUCCCUUCAGGCUCAUAAAAGGACACACACAGGUGAGAGACCUUACCUGUGCGACUACCCAAACUGUGGUAAAGCGUUUGUCCAGAGUGGUCAGCUGAAGACGCACCAGCGCCUGCACACUGGAGAAAAACCAUUUGUCUGUUCAGAGAAAGGUUGUGGCAAUCGUUUCACUCAUGCCAACCGUCACUGCCCCAAACAUCCUUUCUCUCGCCUCAAGAGGGAGGAGCCACAGGAUGGUCAGGGGAAGACCCAGUCUGUGGAUAACAAGGCUGUGGCAGAGUGGCUGGCAAAGUACUGGAGGACUCGUGAGCAGAGGGCCCCCACCACCACCAAGGUGAAACCCCAGAGCAAGGAAAGUGCUGAGGACCAGGAGCAGCAGGAUCCCAUGGAGUAUCUGCAGUCUGACGAAGAGGAGGAGACCAUGGAGGAGGAGAAGGGUACCCAGGGAGGCGCAGCCAAGCGACGCCUUCAGGAGCAGCGGGAGCGCCUCCAUGGCGCUCUGGCCCUCAUUGAGUUGGCCAAUAACCUAUCCCCCUAAAACACCAGACUACUCCCCUGAGUCUGGACCCUGGCUCCUCCCCGUCCCUUGUUCCGCUUUCCCCAGUCCAUCUUCCUGCAGUCUGUGCUGUAGCUAAAAAGAAAUCAUUUGUAAGCGUGUAUCAAACACUAGUUUAGUUUGUUCUAUCGUGUUGUGAUAGCAGACAAAGAGUUGGCCCGAGAUCAGUGUUACACACAGCAUCAUCUACAGCCCCACUCACAGCACCAGGAAGGCACGAAGCUAAAGCACCUUAUUCAUUUGACAUUUUAUACCUUUAGGCUGCUAUACGUGUAGAUUUGACUAUAUGAAGAAUGUCAUUUUUUCUUUCUGUCUUGUACAGGCAAGGAGAGAGUACCUGUUGUGUUUUAAAGUUGUUUGCACUUUGAUGAGAACGAGUUUUUUAAGUAUAUUUGUGCUUGUGUAUGACUGAUGUAUAUAUGGAUUAAGCUCAGACGGACAGAAGAAUACAGGGUGUGGUCAAAGCUAGGAAAUGUCCAAGACUUCACUGCCAGUCUUCUGUGCAGGGAGGCGGAACUUGGCAUCACCAGCAUAUUUAAGUGUUUGUAAAAAUGUUGACCAAAAAAAUAAUUUGGGCAGAGUUAAUAGCAGUCCUGACCCUAGACUGUUUGUAAGAAUUGGACAGAGCACCUUCAGCCAUGAUUGAAUCAUUGGAUUAAAAAGUAAAAGUUUCCCUAAUCUUUGGUAUAACAUGGUAACUAAGUCAAAGUUUGUCUAGUUCUGGCUUAGCCUUAUCACGUUGUUUUGUCUCUUUGUUCUGAAUUCAGUUUUAAUUUUGAACACUGACAUGUGCUUUAAAAGAAGUCCUUAUGCUAUGCUAUGCUAUGCUAUUAAGACCAUAGACAGACCCCAUAGGACUUCAAAAUCAGCCUUUCACUGGGUGCCACCCUAGCCUGCAACAGAACCCUGCUCUGUCCAUUUCAUAUCUAUGAUCUAUGGUCUUGACAUGCAAUAUGGUCAGUAAGAGGUGAUUGCAAGCCUAACCCAGAAGUCGAAUAAUAAUACAAACAUUUACAGUUUAACGUUACCCCAUCAUUAUUAUCAUUAUUUAUACAGCUGUCUCAUAACAUUACACAGAAAAGUGCAGGUGCAAAUCUCCCCUCCCCCUGAGCGGAACACCUACCAAACUCAAGAUUGACCUUUUGUCACUUCAGUAUCUUCAUAGGUCAUGAGAGUAGGUGUGUUGAACCUCCAGGUGCUGUAUUAAGAGGUAACACAAUCAAGGUCAUCUAAUUUCAUCUAAGUUCAGUUACAGAAUCAUGACUUCAUCAAAACCUUUUUAUUCUCUAGCUCUUAUUUUACACAUGUUUGAGGCAUUUAUCACAUAAAGGACAGUUCAAAUAAAGCACUUAUGUACAACAGCUUUGUGAUAUUGGAUUAAGCUUGCAAUGCACAAGGGAAAAAGGAGGGAGGGAGGGCUGCUGUGUGUCCUGUGAAGUGGCACUUAUUUACCUAUGACCUAAUGUAGUGUUUUAUUUUUAAGAAUGUUAACACUACAUCCUUCAACACUGUAUGAUGUCUCAUAACUGCCCUGCCUCUGAUUGUUCUACAGGAAUCUACCAACAAACUCACUCUAGCAAUUAGGCAAACCAAGUAAUUUAAUAGAAUGUGGAGUUAAAACUGGAAAGCAUAUUGUUUUUUUUUUUGAUAAUCAAAACACCAAAUGGUUUAUUGUUUCCCUGUUGUAGUUUGUUCUAAAGCUUUCUAACCCUAAAGAUUAUGUGAUUUUUAAUAUAUACACUUUGUUUGUUAGAGAUUUCCUUUUUUUGUGAGUGCACAAUUUUACAGAGAGCUUUGAAGUUUGGUGUUUAGAGUCGCCCCCCUCCUCUUUGCUAACCUCCUCCAACAGUUGUCAUCUUGUCACAUGUGUAGAGUGAGCCUGCUUGCUUGGUGAGAUCCUUCAUACACAUUUCUCCAUCUGUCCGCACUGGUGUUAUUUUGUUUGUUUUCAAUAAACAUUCACUGAAGCUGACCCAGA